GAUUCAACCCGCUAAAAGCAAAAGCCACUCUAUAUGUUACUGUGACAGACACAACACCGCGCCACAUUCCACAAUCGGCAAUAAGGUUUCGAAGCUCCAAUGAAACCCCCCAGCCCUCCUCAAACUCAGUCCUAACCAACCACUCCAUUCUCCUUCCACCCAAUCACAUUGAUUCGGUCUCUCACUCUCUUCCCUGCUUCACACCUUCCCACCUCUUCAGAUUUUUUGUUUACGAGAUUCCUCUCCACCCACCCACCCACAGGUCUGUGUAUGCUUGGAAAUUUAAAUACAAAAACUGGGUUUUACCCUCAAUUCCGGAAACUAGUUCUAUGACAUUCACGAAAGUUUAUACUUUUUCUGCUUUGGUGAAGCAAGUUAAAAUGGGUCAGAUAUGUUAUAGGUUUAACCACAACUCACAGAUUGUUUAUUAAAAUAUAUAUAUUAUAUAUCUGCAGCGAGAAUCGACCUUCCAAACAUAGUUUCCCGUUUUUUAAUUUUUCCUUUUCCAACUCGACCUUUGUUCUAUCGGGUUUUCAGAUAGAGAAAUGGUGAUUUCUUUUUCAGAUUAUAAUUUCGAUAAAACUGGGGUUUUCAGUGUGAAAAGCUGACCAGUUGGGGCUUUCAAAUUGAGGAAUUAGGGUUUCGAGCGGGUAAUUUCGCUAGGGUUUUGUUACAGGAAAUUCAGCCAGGUUUAAAUUCUGGUUUAUUUGGGGUGGAUAUUUCUACUUGGCCUUUAUGUGAUUAAAGGUUGUUGGGUGGAAUUCUAGGGUUUUUAAGUGUGGGGGUGGGUUCAAUGGGGAGCACUGGUGAGGCUGACCGAAAACGGCGUCACUUUAGCUCCAUAUCGCCCACUGCUGUUGCCGCAAAGAAGCAAUCCUUCUUGCCAAUUUCUGAGGAGAAGAAGCUUGAUACUGCAAUUCUGCAAUUUCAGAAUCAAAAGCUUCUACAAAAGUUAGAGGCUCAAAAGGUUGAGUAUUCUGCUCUUGAGUACAAGUUCAUUGAACUGAAGGAGAAACAAAAGUCAUAUGAUUCCACAUUGAAAGUGGUGAAUAAAUGUUGGGAAGCACUAAUUACUGACUUGGAAUCAAAUUCCACCAACACAAGAGAGUCUAUCAGACAAGUUGUUGGACGUGCAGCCAAUACGGACGAGGCUCCUUCUCCUACUGAGGAUGCUUUUCUUAGCCGACUUAUGGAAACAGGUGCAACUGAAAGUUCCUCUUCAGAUAAUCUCGAGCAGAUUAAAGAAGAUCGAGAACAGGCUGCUUCUGAAAAGACUAGGAACAUUUUACACAAUUUAGUAGUUUCCAUUAAUGAUUUAUGGUGCAUGAAGGAAGGACUAUAUGCUGCAGUUCGGAAAGAGCAUCCAGACAAUGGUUCUUGCAGGCAGAAAACAUCUAUAGAACUAGAAUCAGAUGUUAAGAAUCUGAGGUUAGCAAUAGGUGAUAUUCAUUUGAAACAUAGAUCUAUGGUGAGAGCAUUGCAGAACCAUAGCGAUAUCGAUGCAAAGAAUAAAGCUGAGCUUAAACGACUAAAAGGUGAAUUGGAGAAUGCAGCAGUGGAACUGAAGGAAACUAAUUGCGAAUUGGCAGCUCUUAAAGCAGAAAGAGAUGCAACAAAAGGGGCCUUUUUUCCUGUCUUAAACCUCGGUAGUAAGCAGGUUGUUGGUGAUAAAGCCAAAGAUAAGCAUAGAGAUCUGCAAGAAAUGGAAUCUGCCCUCAAAGAGCUGAUGGAACAAGCUUCUUCCCGACUAAUCAAAUUAAAAGAGCUUCAUGUAGAAAGGAUAGAGCUGUUGCAGAAGUUGUCAAAUUUGCAGAACUCAUUAAAGAGCAUGAAGGGUAUUUCUUCUUCCCCAGUUUACCUUUCGUUGAUAGAUCAACUAGAAAAGUCAAAGUCAGAAGUUCUCCAUUAUCAAGAUUUAUUUGAGAAACUACAGGCUGAGAAAGAUAACUUGGCUUGGAGAGAAAAGGAGUUGAGUAUAAAAAAUGAUAUAGCUGAUGUUUUGCGGAGAUCAUUGGCAAUUGCUGAUUCUAAAGCUUCUCAUCUGGAGGCAGAGAUACAACAGAAAUUUGAUGAAAUAAAGGGAAUUAAAGUUAAGCUUGAAGAGGUAUCUAGAGAACCAGGAAGAAAGGAAAUAGUUGCAGAUUUUAAAAGCUUGCUUUCUUCGUUUCCUGAGGCAAUGAGUUCGAUGCAGAGUCAAUUAGGUAAUUACAAAGAGGCUGCUGUGGAUAUUCAUUCUCUUCAGGCUGAUGUGCAAUCUCUUUCCAGUAUUUCUGAUAGGAAGAUGAAAGAGUAUGAAAAUUUAUCCAUCAGAUCUGCCGACCAAGUUGCUGAGAUACAUAAGUUGCAAGCCAUGGUGCAAGAUUUGAAAAAAAGUGACGCAGAGUUGAAAUUGAUAUUGGAGAUGCAUAGACGUGAAUUGACUGAUUUGAGAGAUGUUCUGGAAGUGAGAGAUUCAGAAUACAAGGCAUGGGCCCGUGUUCAAAGUUUGAAAUCCUGUCUCGAUGAGCAAAAUUUGGAGUUGCGUGUUAAGAAAGCUAAUGAAGCUGAAGCGAUAUCCCAGCAAAGGUUGGCUGCUGCAGAAGCUGAAAUUGCUGACUUGCGACAGAAAUUGGAGGCUUCCAAGAGGAAUAAGGCUAGGCUGUCUGAUACUUUGAAAUCCAAAAAUGAGGAAAAUGAAGCUUACUUAUCUGAAUUAGAGUCAAUUGGACAAGCAUAUGAUGACAUGCAGACGCAAAACCAGCAGCUACUGCUGCAAAUUACGGAGAGAGAUGACUAUAACAUCAAGCUUGUUUUGGAACGUGCAAAGGCAAAGCAGCUGCAAGAUGCUCUCCUCUUGGAGAAACAUACCAUGGAAAAGGAGAUUCAACAAUCCAGUGCAUCCCUCAACUUCUAUGAGAUGAAAGCUGCAAAAAUCGAGGAUCAGCUGGUUUUGCAGCUGAGGUUCUGGUCAGACCAGGUUCAGAAACUUGAAGAAGAAAAAUCCCAAAAGUCAGUUUGGUUAGAAAAUACACAAACACUAUUGUCAGAUGUGAGAAAAUCAUCUCAUCAAGCAAGGGAGUCACUGGAGGAGUCUCAAUCUAAAAUUGAGAAAAGUCAAGUGGCAUUGGCGGACUUGCGGAUAGAAUUAGAGAAGGAAAGGUUUAGCAAGAAAAGAAUUGAGGAGGAAUUGGAAGUGGCGAGAAGGAAGGUGUCACGGCUUCAAACUGAGAUGGAAGGAUCAUCAACUGUGGAAAGGCUUCAACAAGAACUUAGGGAGUACAAGGAAAUACUGAAGUGCAGUAUCUGUCUUGACAGACCGAAAGAGGUUGUUAUUACAAAAUGCUACCACCUCUUUUGCAACCCUUGUGUUCAAAAAAAUAUUACUGAAAGUCGUCAGCGCAAGUGUCCAGUGUGUGCUGCUAGCUUUGGUGCUAAUGAUGUUAAACCUAUUUAUAUCUGAGAUUGGAGCUCUCAUAAAUGCAAUUUGGCAAACACAAGGACUCACAGGUUCCCAUGUAUUCUUCUUCUAUUAGAGAUUUGUUAGAAAAGAAUCUUGACUUGAACUAGAGGGUUCCUGCUCAUUUUGGUUAGUGCAAAUCCCAACAGGUUUUCUUGUUUGGCUCCAAGUUGUUGAUUUUACUUAGUAAUUUUAUUGUAGUAAUUUUAUUGUAUUUGCGUUGUUUGCCUGUUCAUUUAAGUGCUUGGAGCCAGUAUUUGCAGACUAGUCACUCAGAAUCGAUCAAAUUCAAUAAUCCAAGGAAUUCUUUUCCCCGCUGGAAAUAAUAUGGAGUUGUUAUUUAAAA